AUGUCAUUAUCAAAGUUUUCUAAUCUAUUUCUUGACGAUUUACCAAUCCAUCGAUUUUCUACAAGUGAUUUAAAUGUGUAUUUACAAGACAUCAUCAAUCAACUUUUACAUAUUAAAGAAUCUGAAGAUCCAACAUUUCCAGUGGAGACGAUGAACAUAUUAGUUGACUUACCAAAUAAAUAUGUGGACUCAAUAGAAUUUCUUAAUUUUACACGUGGGUUGUAUAAAGAAUCAACUUUAUUGUAA